AUGUCAUCAACAUCUUCUUCAAAAGCACGCUUAAAUAACAAAUAUGAAGAAAACUUGUCGAUAAAUACACUUGCUCGCUCUAGACCUUAUAGAAGAAAAUUUACAACCCAAAACCUUGAACUCGAAAUAUCCUUUUUGCAAGAAAACACUACCAAUGUGGAUAGAGAAUAUGUUGAGAGAGCUUUGCAACAGCAUCAUGUACAAUUAUGCUAUGUACAAGAAGUAGUCGAAUAUGAUUGGCAACGUCGUAUUAAAGAUUUUGAAAAAUACAUCUACUCUGAUGAUGCUGAAGGUGUCGAUGCAGCCAUCGAGAAAAUGAUUAGUGAACAUAAGGUGUUUUCGCAACAAAAAUUUUCAACAUUUGGUGUCACAUGGAAACCAUUUAUCAAUAGUGAAACAACGAGAAGUGAAUUAAAGCAAGUUAAUAUUCAACUCUCACAAAAAACUUCGCUCGAUCGUAAAAAUCAAUGCAUUUCGGAGUUCAAUAAACAAAUAGGAAUGCUUAUGGCUUCGAAUAGGACCGUUCCAGAAAAAUAUGGAAAACUUAAAAUGGAGUUGGAAAUUUGUCUUCGUCAAUACUACGAUAAACUUCCAUGGCCAUUGAACGAUCAAACUAUUGGCGCAGUAGAUGAUGAGCUACAACAAAUUUUCUAUCGAGUAAUGCAAAAUCUUUUUACGCCAGAAGUUAAAGAACAAUUAAAACGUGAUCGAAUGGCACAAAUGGAAAUGAUGUCGAAAUUAAAUUUAGGGAACAAUGAAUCAUUCCUAUGGGUUUACUGUGUUGGUUGCCGACGGAUUUUUGCUGGAAGAACUCGUGGCUGUGUGAACGUAACUUGUUCCCAGUUUAAUAAUAAAGUAGGCGUUAGAAUUGUUGACCAUGGAUGUGGUAUAACAUUUGAAUGGGCUAAAGCUCAACCAGUUCCAAUCAAUACUUUGUCUUCGGACAUAUGGUUUUCCAGUAUUGAAACCGAUCAACGAGCUGAUUUCGUAAAAAAUUUGAUAUCUGAUGUGACGGAUGAUGCUCGAAAUAUUUCCAGUGCCGGUGCAAAUGGAUCGGGUUGGUCUUUUCCGAUGAAGUAG